CUAAUUACUAUAUAUUCAUUUCUGCUAAAAUAUUCACGUCCAUGAAUAAUUGUGUAGAAACAUACACUCAUUUACAGAAAUGAAAUAAAUCUACAUCAGCUGUUGAAAAAUGAUAAACCUAACAACUUUUUUGGAUUUAGAAAUCAGGAAUUGGAAUUAAAUCCACUUUUAUUAGCCUUCAAUUUGUACAGAAAUAGUUCCAGUUGUAAAAGCCCCGCCAUGAUGAAUCAAGGCUGCAAGUCAAUAUGGACGAUCAAGUCCUUCGUGUACACUGGUUAGCACAAGUACUCAUCGAAACUAAUCCGACAUUGUUUUGAUAUGGCAGAGGAACUGAAAUGAUUAAUGAUCUGGGAGCAGCCUUCUACAAAUGAUCUUCUCACAAUGAUUAACCGAGAGCGAAGGAUCAGGUUAAAAUCAUAUUUCCUAUAUCUAUUUUGCACCUGGAUCACCUACAUUGUGACGUCGACUACUGCAACCAUGGAAACGGUCACUAAUCUGACAUUGGAUUGCACAAUACGAAUCCCGAUUACAUCUCCCGGAUAUCCUUCCCGAUACGAAAAUAAUAUCUUCAAAAAAUGGUACAUCGAUGCACCUCGUGAUAAAAGGAUCCUGGUCACUUUCCAUUACUUUAGUCUGGAACAAUACAAGGAUUACAUAGAUAUCAUAGACGUGGAAAAUAAAAUUUACACAGGGGAGAAUAUGCAAUUUCCUCCAUAUCUGGCGACGGGGCACACUCUCCACAUAGAUUUUGCUUCAUCUCCACUAGGUAGAAGGAAAGGUUUCAAUGUUUCAGUGGCCUGUCAUGAGCCACCAACACGUGACAAUAUUUCAGUUCGUUUAAUGGGAGGUGUUAAACCAUCAGAAGGAUUCAUCGAACUUUCGGGAUCAUCAGGUGAAUGGAUGAGAGUCUGUAAAGAGAGCUUCACGGAGAGGGUGGCAGAAGUCAUCUGUGGAGAGCUUGGCUAUCCAGGCGUCAAAGAUACCACCUUUGUGAAUGUGAAUACACAAAACUGUACGAGAGCUCCAAGUUGCGGAGAUGAUACGUAUCGUUUGGUGGAUUGCACGGCCGGGAAUUCAAGUUGCGAAUCUGCCCAGGUUGUGAAAAUAAUAUGUCAUGAGCCCGGGUACAGAGGAUGCUAUGAGCUUCAAACUCAACAGUUACAGAACAGUUCAAAAUUUGCGUUUUCAACGGCGUCACAAUGUAUAUACUUGUGUAAAUCACAUGAAAUUCAAACUCUCGCUCUUAUGAAUGAAAAUGAAUGUUUCUGUUCCUCAUCUGCUGAGGUCAAUUUUGACGACUUGUCCACGUGCGAUGACCAUUCAAUACCCUCAGCAAAAUUUUCAAUUUAUGAUGCCUCUGUAGGUUUCUGUGAAGAGCUGAACGACACGAUUGGUGGAUCUUGGGAUUCUAACAUCACAUGGUUUGGUUCUAUCGUUCAUCUUACCUGUAUGGAUGGAUAUAUCCUGAAAGGCAAUGGAACCAUCCAGUGUGUACCAGAAGUAACUCCAUACUAUCCAGUAUGGAACGAACCGAUUCCAGAUUGCAAACCCAACGGUAUAGGAUCAGGUGGUAAAGGAACAACCUGUAUCCUAGCCUAUAAUCUAGGCGGAGGUUGCAGUUAUUGUCUUUGA